AGGCAGCAAACUGUCAAGGGACACUUGUUACACACCUUUAACACGGGACAUUUUCCAGGAUGGCAGUUUCCAGCCUACUUCUGAGCCUGGCUGCUCGGGCACUGACGUUUCUCUUCUUUCUGCUCGUCAUUGCGUUUCUUGGCUACUGCUUGUACAUUAAAUACAUUCAUAUGAAGUAUGACCACAUCCCCGGGCCGCCGAGGGACAGUUUUUUCCUUGGACACUCACCAACGAUGUUGAAGGCGAUGAAAAAUGACGGAGUUAUGCACGACAAAUUUCUGGAGUGGGCCGAGAAGUAUGGACCUGUUUACAGGAUAAAUGUGCUUCACUACGUUUCACUGUGUACGUACUGUCCAGAGGCCACCAAGGAAAUCCUGAUGUCCCCAAAGUACCCCAAGGAUAAGUUUGCCUAUAAAAGACUCUUCUACCUGUUUGGUCAAAGGUUCUUUGGAAAUGGCCUGGUAACAGCACGGGAUCAUGAGCAGUGGUACAAACAGCGACGCAUCAUGGACCCUGCGUUCAGCAGCCUGUAUCUGAGAGGUCUAAUGGGAACCUUCAAUGAGAGGGCAGAGAAACUGAUGGAUAAACUUGCAGAGCUUGCUGACAGUAAAACAGAAGCUAAUAUGCUUCAUCUUGUCAACUCUGUCACCCUGGAUGUUAUUAGUAAGGUUGCCUUUGGGGUGGACUUGGACCUCUUGAAGAAUAGUUCACCUUUCCCUAGAGCUAUUGAGACAUGUCUGAAAGGAAUGGUUACCUAUGUUAUAGACAUAUUUUUUGAGUACAAUCCAAAGAACAGAGGAUACGUCAAUGAGGUGAGGGAAGCGUGCCGCCUGCUCCGCAUAACUGGAGCCAAGUGGAUCGGUGAGAGAAAGACCGCCAUGCAAAACGGUGACGAGGUCCCCAAAGACAUCCUGACACAAAUCAUCAAAACUGCAAGCCAAGAGGAAAACAUGACUGAAGAAGAUGAAGAAUUUAUGCUGGACAAUUUUGUGACAUUCUUCAUUGCAGGCCAAGAAACAACAGCCAAUCAACUGGCUUUUUGCAUCAUGGAGCUUGGAAGACAUCCUGAAAUACUGGAGAAAGCGAAGAAAGAGGUCGAUGAUGUCAUUGGGAUGAAAUGUGACAUAAGCUAUGAUGACUUAGGAGAGCUGGUCUACCUGUCACAGGUGCUAAAAGAGACUCUGAGAAUUUACCCCACAGCUGUGGGCACAUCUCGUGAUGUUGCUGAAGACAUGGUGAUUGAUGGUAUCCACAUACCCGGAGGAUUCAGUGUUUUUUUCAACUCCUAUGUGAGCGGGAGAAUGGAGAGAUUCUUCAAGGAUCCACUGAGAUUUGAUCCAGACAGAUUUCACCCAGAUGCUCCCAAGCCUUAUUACUGCUACUACCCCUUUGCCCUCGGUCCUCGCUCGUGUCUGGGACAGAACUUUGCUCAGAUGGAGGCUAAAGUGGUGAUGGCCAAACUGCUCCAGAGGUUUGACUUCACUCUUGUCCCGGGACAGACCUUUGACAUCCUGGAUGCUGGCACGCUCAGACCAAAGAGUGGAGUGUUGUGCAGUUUGAGUCACAGGGAUUACAGAAAAUAAGGCAACGUCACAUAAGUCGUAGUAGAGCAUAGAAGAAAAAUAGGUUACUCUUUACUAAGGUAAAAAAAAAAAAAAAACGUAUACUAAAAGCAUCAAUGUGAAUUUGAUAUAAUAAAUGUAUUUUUUUUUUUAUUACAAUGAUGAAAAUAUACGUGUUUGGGAUUUUUUUUUUUUUUUUUUUUUUUUAUGAUCACUGACUUUAAUAUUCUCUUUACUUUAAUGUAGCUCUGUCAUUGCUUUUUCAUGACUACCACAUGACUUAUAAUGCCUGUAACAUUAUCUUAAUAAUUCUGGACGUCAAAAUUUUAAGUGAAGUUAAAAUAAAUUGAUAAUGUGUCUAAAUUAGA